GACACACGGAAACUGUGACAAUAACUCAAUGUUGUUUUCUUUUUAUGUGUCCAGCCUGACUGCGAGCUUUACCUGUCUGACGCAUGCCCAAUGAUCUAUUCACCCAUGUGUGGAUCUGACGGAAAAACAUAUGGCAAUGAAUGCGAACUGUGUGUUGCCAUCAGAGAAUCAGGAACUGAAAUCUCUAUUGUGAAGGAAGGCAGAUGCGAUGAUGAUCGACAGCCUGAUUGCAAGCCUAACCCUAAACCUGAACCUGAGCUUAUCGUGUGCACGAUGGACUAUUCACCCGUGUGUGGAUCUGAUGGAAAAACAUACGGCAAUAAAUGCGAACUGUGUGCUGCCAUCGAGGAAUCAGAAACUGAAAUCUCUAUCGUGAAGCAAGGCAGAUGCGAUGAAGAUCUGCUUGUGUGACACAGGAAUGGCAGCAUAAUUCAGCUUGACAGACCUUUACUCAGCAUUAUUGUGUCUCAUUCAUUAUAACCUGAAUGUGUAAUGGUUUAAUCCUUAAAUAAAUGCUGCAUAUUGAA